AUGGAGAAGAGAAGAACAAAAGAUGAUACAUGGAAAGCGGAUGACCUCAGAAAACACCUUCGGAUUGCACAAUCAGAUAGUCCAAAAGAAGAAAAGAAACAUAGAGAAAAAAAGCCACAUAAGGACUCAGAAAGUGACCUACUUGAAUACAGAGAGCGUAAAUACAAGGAUCAAGACAGAGACACAAAGUAUAAAGAAAGGACAAAUGAAAGAGAUGCUCACGUGUCUAAGGAGAAUCCUCAAGGUGAGAGGGACAGAGACAAACAUAGGGAAAGAAAAAAAGACACAAAAGACCGGGAAAGAGAAAAAUAUAAAGAGAGACAUCGAGAACAAGAUACAGAAAAGUCUCAUAGUAGAGGAAAAGACAGAGAAAAAGAAAAAGAGAGAAAAGCUAGAAAAGAAGAACUUAGGCAGACCACUGCCUGUCAUAACCUCUUGGGACGUGAUGUGCGUGACAAGCAACUUCUGGAAAAAGUAGACAGGAAAAUACGUUCAGUAAGUAAAGUAAGAAUUGAAGAGAAAGAAAAAAGAGAUGACGACUCAGAAAGAGGAGAUGAGGAGAGAGAAAGAAGAUACCGAGAAAGAAAGUUGCAGUAUGGUGACAGUAAAGACAAUCCUCUUAAGUACUGGCUUUAUAAAGAAGAUGGUGAAAGACGACAUAGGAAACAAAAAGAACAAGAUCGAGAGAAGAAACAUCGAGAGAAAAGCAGUACAAGGGAAAAAAGAGAAAAAAAUCGAAAAGAAAAAAAUAAUUUGUUGUCUGACAAAGAAGGGGAAGAAAGACAUAAAGAGAAACGACAUAAAGAAGGUGUACAUUUUGAUGAAGAGAGGCACCGAAGUAGUGUGGAUAAAAAAGAAGAACAGAAGAAAAGCAGCUCCAAGAAUGGUGAACACAGAAGUCGAGGUUCAAGUUCAAAAAGAGAUGGAACUAGCAGCCAGCAUGCAGAGAAUUUAGCAAGGAAUAAUGAAAAAGACAGAGACUCAAGAAGGAAGCAUAGCUAUGAGGAAGAGUCAUCACCGUGGAAGUUGGCUCAGAGGCACAGAAGUGAAGAAAAUGUGGAAAUUGAAAAGGAAGACAUUGACUUAGAAAAUGUGGGAACUGAUGAAUAUAUAGCAAGUUUUGAAGAUGAUUUUGAAGACUAUGAAGAUGAUUUUGAGAUUUGUGAUGGUGAUGAUGAUGAUAGCAAUAAUGAGCAUGAAUUGAAAGAAAAAACUGAAGAACUUCCUCCAGCAAAAAUAAAGGAGAUACAAGAAAUUAAAAAAGCCAUUAAUGCAGAAAAUGAAAGGAUUAGUGAAUUGUCUUUGAAACGGUUUCAGAAACAAGGUCGAAUGGAAUAUGAAGGGGAAUCAAGGACUGAUGCAAACAAUUCCCCAUCCAGAGCCCCUGUCUGUGGAAUUUUCAUGGAUUUUGUAACAGCUUCACACCGUCAAAAGAGUCGGAAUCAGGCCCUUAAGCAAAAGACACGCAGUACAAAACUACUUCGGCUUAUUGACUUAGAUUUUUCAUUCACUUUCUCUCUGUUGGAUCUACCACCAGUAAAUGAAUAUGACAUGUAUAUCAGAAACUUUGGGAAAAAAAAUACCAAGCAGGCAUAUGUUCAAUAUAAUGAAGACAAUGUUGAAAGAGACAUUCAGACGGAAGAAAUAGAGACAAAGGAAGUAUGGACCCAGCAUCCAGGAGAAAGUACUGUUGUAUCUGGAGGUAGUGAAAAUAGAGCUAUCUCUGAUCCUACAAUUGUACCAAAGAUUGAUACACCCAGAUUAUCUAACUUUCUCCGAGCUGCUUGUCAGGUGAUUGCUGUUUUGCUUGAAGAAGAUCGUGUGGCUGCUGAACCCAACUGGAACCUCAGGGCUCAAGACAACACCCUUUGUUUUAGUGAUACUUCUUCUCAGUUGAACACUAGCCUUCCAUUCCUUCAAAAUCGAAAAGUAUCCUGUUUGCAAGCUUCUCAAGUUCAGAGGCAGACCAUGGUGUCUGUUCAUGAUUUACCUGAAAAGACAUUCUCAGAUCAACUGGAUGGAAGAUACAUCCUCUGUAUCUGGGAUAUUUGGCAGCCUUCAAGUCCACAGAAAGUUCUGAUAUGUGACUCAAAGGUCACAUGUUGCUGCUUUAGCCCAUUUAAAGCAUUUUUAAUGUUUGCUGGAACAGUACAUGGCUCCGUGGUUGUAUGGGACUUAAGAGAAGACUCUAGAAUACAUCAAUAUGUGAAGCUGAACGAUUGUUUUUGGACAUUCAGGAUAUCAACAUUUUCUACUGAUGGUAUCCUUACAUCAGUAAACCACCAAAGUCCUCUUCAAGCAGUAGAGCCCAUCUCAACAUCUGUCUACAAAAAGCAGAACUUUGUGCUUUCACCUUUUUCUACUCAAGAAGAAAUAUCAGGUUUGUCAUUCCACAUUGCUUCCUUGGAUGAAAGUGGAGUUCUUAAUAUUUGGGUAGUUGUUGAAUUACCAAAGGCGGAUAUUGCAGGUUCAAUAAGUGAUUUAGGUUUAAUACCUGGAGGGAGGAUAAAAUUAGUACAUAGCUCUGUGAUUCAGCUGAAUAACAGUCUUUCCCAUAAAGAUAAUGCAUUUUGGGGGAUUGCACAAACACUGAAUGUUAAGUUUCUGCCUUCAGAUCCUAAUCAUUUUAUUGUUGGCACAGACAUGGGUCUUAUAAGUCAUGGAGCAAGACAAGAUUUAAGAGUAUCUCCUAAAUUGUUCAAACCCCAACAACAUGGUUUAAGACCAGUAAAAGUUAAUGUGAUUGAUUUUUCACCAUUUGGAGAACCGAUAUUCUUGGCUGGCUGUUCAGAUGGCAGCAUUAGAUUACAUCAGCUGACUUCUGAGUAUCCUCUUCUGCAGUGGAAUAACAGCACCAAUGGCCAAGCUAUUACUGGCUUACAGUGGUCAUUAACAAGACCUGCUGUGUUUUUGGUCCAGGAUGACACAUCCAGUAUUUAUAUUUGGGACCUACUGGAAAGUGAUUUGGGUCCUGUCACCAGACAACUCAUCUCUCCAGACAAGCUGGUAGCAAUGACUGUGAUGGGUGAACCAGAAAAGACCAACAGCAGCUUCCUUGCCCUAGUGCUGGCCAGAACUUCUGGGAACAUUGAUGUCCAAUACUUGAAGAGGAAGUGGGCAUCUCCAGUGAAAGAUGAGAAGAAGCAACUGCGUUUGCUUUUACAGGAAGCCCUAUAA